AUGCUGCUGCUGGCCGCCGCCUUCCUCGUGGCGUUCGUGCUGCUGCUCUACAUGGUGUCACCGCUCAUCAGCCCCAAGCCCCUUGCCCUGCCCGGGGCGCAUGUAGUGGUUACAGGGGGCUCCAGUGGUAUUGGAAAGUGUAUCGCUAUCGAGUGCUAUAAGCAAGGAGCGUUCAUAACUCUGGUGGCACGGAAUGAGGACAAGCUGCUUCAGGCAAAGAAAGAAAUUGAAAAGCACUCUAUUAAUGAUAAACAGGUGGUGCUUUGUAUAUCCGUUGACGUUUCUCAAGACUACAGCCAAGUAGAGAACGUCAUAAAACAAGCACAGGAGAAACUGGGCCCAGUAGACAUGCUUGUGAACUGUGCAGGAAUGUCACUUUCGGGAAAAUUUGAAGAUCUUGAAGUUAGUACUUUUGAGCGACUCAUGAGCGUCAACUACCUAGGCAGCGUGUACCCCAGCCGCGCCGUGAUCACCACCAUGAAGGAGCGCCGCGUGGGCAGGAUCGUCUUUGUCUCCUCCCAGGCGGGACAGCUGGGGUUAUUCGGCUUCACGGCCUACUCGUCCUCCAAGUUUGCCAUCAGGGGAUUGGCUGAAGCUUUGCAGAUGGAGGUGAAGCCAUACAACGUCUAUGUCACAGUUGCCUACCCGCCAGACACAGACACCCCUGGGUUUGCAGAAGAAAACAAAACCAAGCCUUUGGAGACUCGCCUGAUUUCAGAGACCGUAUCUGUUUGCAAACCAGAGCAAGUGGCCAAACAAAUUGUUAAAGACGCCAUACAAGGGAAUUUUAACAGUUCCAUUGGCUCCGACGGGUACAUGCUGUCGUCCCUGACCUGUGGAAUGGCUCCGGUAACUUCUAUCACUGAAGGGCUCCAGCAGGUGGUCACCAUGGGCCUUUUCCGCACCAUCGCGCUGUUUUACCUCGGAAGCUUCGACAGCAUCGUGCGUCGCUGCAUGACGCAGAGAGCAAAAUCGGAAAUUGCAGACAAAACUGCCUAAUCCGUACCCCUGGGGAAAAGACUGUUUCUAAAUAACCGAACAGCUUGCUGCUAAAAGGGACCCAGUUUUUGGCCUACAGACACGUAUGUAUCGCUUUUGAAUAUGUGAGAUCGGACCAGUGCUCUUCAGAAACCUGGCUGUGGGCGAGGGGAGAGGCGUGCGGCUCGGGUGAUGUUAUUAACACUAUGCAAAUACGGAGCAGGAGACCCGUGGUUCUCGGGGCGGGGAGGUGAGGACCCUAUGGGAACGAACAGCAUGUGAGCAGGGUGGAGACCUUGAUUCCAGAACGAUCAUUUACAUGUGUCUAUUUAUUCUUUUUUCUCCCCCCCUCUAUUGAGAUUAAGUCCAGAAAUGUACCUUAUGAUAUAUAAGAUGCAGCUUUGGGCACUUUUUUUAACCUUCCACAAUAGGCAGUUUAUAGGUUUCUGGGGCUUUUUUUUUCCCCCUUUGGUCUUUUUAACAUGGUGUAUUUUAUUCAAGAGGAGUUUUACACAUUGUGGGCAAGUCUGAGUGUGUGAUGAUGUCCCUGACUCACUGUCUUCUGGUGGCCACUCGUGGCUUCUCUCUCUCUUUGAUCCCAUAAAAAUACAGGGGGAUGAGAGAGAACAAUGCAGGGGAAGGGCAGGAGAGAGCGUUUUCCAGUAGGAAAAAUAGUGAUUUCUUGUCUUCUUUAGACUCAAAUGCGUAGAGCACUUUUUGUUUUUCAUUCACGGGGAAAGGCAGCCUCCUAAAAUGUUUUCUGAAGAGAAAUAAAAUCUUAGAAGCUUAAAAGUUUACAAUUUCUUCAACAGCCAUGAGGACGCGGAGCUCACCCAUCCCAUUAGAGUGUCUUGUCAUUCUUCCCGUCUCUCCCUCCUGUUUUCCUGAUACUGCUAUAAUAUUUUUAUAUAUAAAAAAA